AUGUCUAAGAACGAAUCAAUAGACGCUUUACCAUUAGACUCAAAUUCCACCAUUGAACCUAUUAUCAUUAAUCAUGAUGGGAGUGUCACAAGGCUCAUGAAAAUACCUAACAUUGAACCUACACAAGACCCAAACAACAUUGUUCUCACCAAAGAUGUCCCCCUUAACCCUAUCAUCAACACUUGGAUACGUUUGUUUCUACCUCGCAUAGCACUUGACAAUCCUAAAAAACUCCCUUUAAUUUUUUACUACCAUGGAGGUGGUUUUAUAUAUUUUAGUGCUUCUUCAACGGACAACCAUAACUUUUGCUUCAAAUUAGCGGAAAAAAUCGGCGUCGUGGUUGCGUCCAUCAACUAUCGUCUCGCACCAGAAUCGCGUCUUCCUGCCGCCUAUGAGGAUGCAAUUGAGGCGUUACAUUGGUUGAGGACAACAAAUGAGAAAUGGGUGCAUGAAUGUUGUGAUAUGUCAAAUUGUUACCUUAUGGGAUCUAGUGCGGGAGGGAACAUCGCGUACCAAGCAGGUUUACGUUGUGCUGCAACAGUUGAUGAGUUUGAUUUUGACGAACUAAAGAUCAAAGGGUUGAUAUUGCACCAACCAUUUUUUGGUGGCUCCCAAAGGACAAAUUCGGAAUUGAGACUCGAAAAUGAUCGUGGAUUGCCUCUUAAGGCGAAUGAUCUAAUGUGGGAGUUUGCAUUGCCUGAGGGUGUAGGUAGGGACCAUAAGUUUUGUAAUCCGACGGUUAUGGAUGAAGGAGAUGAUGAGUGUUUUAAUGAAAUCAAACGGUUGAGAUGGAAAAUUCUUUUGACAGGUUGUUAUGGAGAUCCCUUGAUUGAUCGUCAGGCUGAGUUUGUGAAGAUGUUGAGAAGCAAAGGGGUUGAUGUUGUGGAAUACUUUGGGGAAGGUUUUCAUGGGAUGGAACUAUUGGAGCCAAGCAAAGAUGGACCACUAUUUGAACAAAUAGGAUAUUUCAUUAAUCAAUGUUGA